AUGAAGUGUACAGCGUGUAAUGCCGAGUUCAAUGAUGGUGUUCAGUGUGGAGCAUGUCGUAAACACUACGAUUUUUCGUGUGCCAACAUAACUGAGUCAGGCUACAGAAAGCUCGGCUCCGACAGGAGAGCAGCAUGGAAAUGCCAGUUCUGUAAAUCCUCUUCUCCUGCUGUUCAGAAGACUAGUACUGCGGAACCGGUAACGUUGGACUCCAUAAUGAAAGAACUGCGAAUUAUGAAAACUCAACUUGCAUCAUUACCUACACUCGUUGAAGACGUUAAAAUAAUCAAAAAUGAGAUAACAGACUUAAGGGCCUGCUGUGAAUUUAACAGUACAAAACUGGAAGACUUGGACGCACGUUUGUCAGUGGCCGAGAAAACAAUAUCAGACUUGGAGCGAUUACAGGAUUGUAAUAGUGCUAACCUAAACUUAAUCAACCUACUUAAAAAUGAAAUGGCGGCUAAGGACCAAUGGAGCCGAUUGAACAAUGUGGAGAUCAAAGGGAUACCAAUUAAAACAGGCGAAAACCUUUUCCGUAUAGUCGAUUUAAUAAGUAACAAAAUUAAAUACGACCUUCCACGAACUCAGAUCAAUUACAUAUCCAGAGUACCGUCUUAUAAUUCCAAAGAUAAAUCUAUAAUUCUAGGAUUUACUAACAGAUAUGUAAAAGAAGACUUUAUAGCGGCUGCGAGAGCAAUUAAGAGUAUUUCAGCGAGUGAUCUGGGAUUUACCGGCUCACCCCAGCGUGUUUUUAUUAACGAUCAUUUAACUCCGCAAUCUAAAACAUUACUAACGAAAGCUAAAUCAGUGCUAAAAGAGAAAGGUUAUAGUUACAUAUGGGUGAAGUUCUGUAAAAUACACGUUCGCCAGAAUGACACUUCUCGAAUAUUUAUUGUCAACAAUGAAAAUGAUUUAAACAAGCUUACCUAA